ACGCAGGCGGCAUGAUAAGCACGCAGCACGAGCAGCCGGUGGCCGGCGUGCUGUCGCGUCGAUGCGCUCAGGCAGGAAUCUGCUGAAAAUCGAUGCGCGGUGAGAGCGGCUACAUUUCAGCGUUUAAUUCGUGAAAAUCGGUUGGGUAUUCGCUGAAUUAUCAUUAAAUAUAGAUUUGCAUAGUUUCCAUCUGUGACAAAAUGGCGUCAUUAAAAAAAGACAAUCGGAGAAUAAACAUCUUUUGUUUUUGGUGAUUUUUACUUAUUUAAACAGAAAUAAACACUAAAAAUUGUACAAACCAUAAAUAUAUCAUUGAUUAAUUAAUAUUCAUUAAUAUUGAGUAAAAUUUAUGUUUUAUUUUGAUAAUAUCCAAGUUUUUGGUGAAAAAUAGUUUAAAAUUGAAUACUACCGCCAUUUAAAGCAGAUGCAACGCCAUAACUUGGAACUAGAAGCACAACAAGCGCCUAAAAUCUCUUAAAACCGUUGUGGAAAUAUUUUUGAAGGUUAACAACUCAAGUUCUCGAAGGUUUUCUUCAAUAUUAUCUAAAUUAAACCAAUUUAAAAAAAAAAAUACACUACAAAAUGGCUCACUUAUCAAUUUCUCGUACAAAAACUAUCAUGAAAACAACAGACGGUGCUGAUUCCAUCAGUAAAGAAGCUGUUUUACUCACUAGUCGAGCAACAGAGUUAUUCAUCAAAGAAUUGGCUCUUGCUGGUUAUGCUGACUUAAAGAACUCAUCCAGUAGCAAAUUAAACUAUAACAACUUAGUUAAUGUUGUUCAUAAGGAUAGUAGAUAUAGUUUUUUGGAAUAUAUGAUUCCUAAGAAGAUUACUGUUAGAGAAUAUAAAGAAAUGAUGAGGAAGAAGGAGAAAGGCACUAGUUCUGAAUCUGGAACAACUGAUGAUUCUGAAGAAGAAGGUAGCUCUGCAUCUAAUGAGACUGGCAGUGAUGCUGGUAGUGAAGGCAAAUAGCCCUCACAGUGUCUUUUAAGUUAAUUUUAUAUUAAGUUUUAGUAUAAUUGGUAUAAAUUAUUUCAUUUUAGUUAAGUUAUUGUAACAAUACAAAUAGAAUUCACUGUUUUGUAGGUGAAAUGUGCUUUAUACUAUGUAUAUUAUCACAGAUUUAGUGUUAAUGCUAUGUAAUUAUUAUGAAAUAUUUUUUUACAAGAUAAAUUAUGUAUUUUUGAAAA